AGUUUGAUGUGUUGCUGCGAUCAGUUCACAUCGAGAACGGACUGGUGGAGAUGAGGGUCAUCAACCGGACCAACCUGUCCGAGCACCGACCGCUGUCUGGGAACAUCAAGAUGCCCUGGAAGAGCGGGACACUGGAGGGCGCACUGGAGAACUGCUGCAUCGUAUCGCUGACUCUGCUCGACGAGUUCCAGAAACCCUUCUGGUGCGUCAGCUCGCCCAUUUCCACCCGGCUCGCCCAGAAGCAGCAGUCCGCCGACUACAGCGGCGAGCACUUUUUUAUGGAUUUCAGCGACUCGGACGGUCGGGUGAAGAUGAAUCUGGUCUGGUUUAAGGAGCAGAAGCAGUUCUUCCUCAUCAGCCUCACCGUCUACAUUUCGGUGUUCAAAGUCAACAAACAUUUCAGCCGAGCGUACUGAAGCAGAACCGGAGCGCUCUCAAGUUCGGGUUUUUACGGGUCUGAUGCCAAGACUUUGACGUUUUGUUCAGUGUUACAUCAGUUGUUUACAAAAAUGUCCUCCUUGGUAGGUUUGUUUGUUUUUAUGGUACAAAAGAAUUAUGCAAGAAGGGGGUGAAAGAGUUAAGAACAAGCUUAAAACCUGUUAAGGCUUCAUGUGUUAGUCUCACAUUUGAUAUUACAGACUUCUAAAAGUCGUCAUUUUGUAUUUUUUUCACUAUACAGGACGUGUGUCACUGUUUUUUCUUCUAUUAAACUUACACUUAAAACUACAUGUGAUGUAUAAAUGACUAAAUCCUAAGAAAAGAACAUUAAGUUUGUUUUGAAUGUCAGUAUAUACUGAGUAAUUUCAGUAAGUUAUUUUGUUAGUUGUACACAAGCAAGUCUCAUUCUGUAAGAAUAGACACAAGACAAGUGUACGCUGUUGAAGCUUCAUGUGUUACAGUUGAAAAAUACAGUCAAAUGUUAAGAAAAGCUAAAAUGAGUUUGAGUUCUGUUCACGAUACAGGAAAUGUCUCUGUUUUUGUUUCUAUGACACCCGAGGAAUAAAGGUAACGUGAUCUGUAAAUAUAAGUUACGAGAUCCUGAAAAGGCGCUUAUGUUAAGUUUGAAAUUCCGCGUUUACCGAGUACAUAUUAGCCUUAGCAUGUUAUUAUUUUGGUUUUUGAUCAGACGUGGCAGAAUUUCAUGUUACUUACAAGCUGAUUU